CCAAAAGAAUGCUGAUGGAACAUAUUCCAGCAAACGCGACUUUCCCCCUGAAAGCGCCCAUCUCUUCAAUCCCCUUGAACAGCAGCUGGAACUUACAAACCUCACACCAGUGAUAACUCCCCAAUGGGUUAUAGAAAAGAGACGUGUAGAGGCGAAGGAACAAAAAAUACACAAAUCCUUCCAUCUCUUCCCCUUUCUCCCUUAUGAAAUCCGCGCAGAAAUUUGGGAAUUGGAUAUGCCACAAGGCAAAGUUAUCUACCUCCACUCAAAGAUUGAUUAUUUGAAGGAUCACUCCGGCCGUUAUCCUUCGUUCGGCAUUCCAGAACUAUCUUUAGUUUGUCGCGAAUCUAAGAUGAUUGCCUCGAAGUGGGGCAUAGGUUUGCGCUUCUGUGGGUUUGACCAGCCAAUCCACUGCGAAUGGUUUGACCCCAGGCGAGAUUCAAUUUACAUCCCAAGUAUUCAUAUCUUCAAAGGAUGGCAUGGAUGGAGAAAGUGUAUGGGUGGCGCUACCGUGAUCCUCAACGUUCUUGAAACAGUUGAAGACCAGUAUCGCGGCAGGCUGCCAAGUAAAGCCUUUAAGUGGGCUAUACAGUCAGGAUACUUCGAUGGUGUUCGUUCCAUCGAUCUCGCGAUGUUGACUAUCAAGUGCAGAGGUGUCAGCUGGGAUAAAGAGCACGAUGCCUACGGUGAGGAAGGCCAUGUUGGCGUCGUGGGAUUAGAUGAUAAAAGGCUCCCUGCGAUUCUACGUCCUGUAUUCGAUGCCGUCCGCGGGGGUUAUAGAGACAGGAUGGAUUUACUACGCCACAUAGCUCAUAGACGCCCCUCGUGUUUGCUGAAACACCUCCACGGCGAAUGGAAUCGCGACCUGAAGUUCUUGUUUGAAGAGCAGUGGCUUUUCUCACAAUUGAGAGUACCUAAGAAAGAACAAUUCGAGUCGGAACUGUUUACCGACGUCGUAUUCGGCUACAAGGGCCGACGACGAGCAUUGAACAGAGAGCACGAUAUCAUACGCAAACUAAUUGCUAAGAUGCCCGAGAUCCGACCGGUUAUUGUUUUCGACAGAACGCCUACACCGGUCCCAGAGCAAAUUCUAGAUCGGCCAAAUCACUGGGACAAUAGAAGGGGUUAUGAUGGAUUGGAGGUCGUUUCUAACCGUUGAGAUUACCUGCUUGGCACCGAAGCUGAGUGACACCGACUUCUACGUACGCGGGACGGUUAAGAGGGUUGAGGGCCCAGGGGAUUGGACCGAGGCCGAAUAAAUACCGUUGACCGUGGCCUCAGAUUGGAGAUUGGAGAUGCGGUGAUUUCCUCGAGGGUUAAUGUUUAAUGGUGAUCUUUGCUAUGCGUUGUGUUAAAUCAGGUAGUCCAAUGAUGAAUUUAUAUUAAAAGUCCCCUUCCCUUGUAAGAGAAUUGAAGCUGAAACGGAUAGAAU